GUAACAAGUGGGCAUGAGCGUCUAAAAGCAACACAUUUGGAAUUAAAUUUAAGUCAAAUCAAAUAAUUUACUCGAAAAUAUUAAAGGUGUGUGUGUGCCACAAUACAAAAGGCGAGGACCAUUUUUUAUCUAUACGAUUGGGAAGUUCAGUGAAACAGUAUUGCAUCCAAUAUCAAUCGCAGCUUAAACUAAGCCCAGAAAUGGCGCGACACAUUAUGGCGGUGUGUGUGGUGUGCCUGCUGUGUGCAGACCGAAUACCUUGCCAGGAGCACGUCGCAAGUGAUUAUGUGGCAAGGGAGACCGGCAAUCCGCAGCCGAGUUUUGAAUACCAACAUUUAAAUUCUAGAGUCUAUGUGCGCCGUGAUAUCUCGAGUUAUCCUACUGAAUCUGCCACUGUAGUCGGGCACCCGGGUGAUGCAUAUGACCUUGCAACGACGCGGAGAUUCAGUGCGAACAAUGACCACAAUAAACCGCAUCGACGAAAACGUCAUGCCGGCGGCCAUUCACACGGAGAAGAAGAUACCUUGCAUCAGCAACCGGAAGUUACGGCGGAGUUCCUGCAGCGUAUAUUUGAUCAGUAUGGCCAUGAGAGCGAUGGUACUUUGACAGUUGACGAGUUCCAACGAAUUCUAAAAAAUCUCGGUUUGAAUCAGCUGAUUGAACGAAACGAUUCCCAGCAAAAGCAAAAAGUUCAUGAUCAACCGAGAGAUAAAGAGACCGAGCUUAGCAAUGAAACUUGCGUGAGCGCCAUAUCACUGGUUCGUCAUGUCCAGCCACACACGCUGCUUGACCACAAAGGCGCACACGAAGUCGACAUCGUAAAUUGUAGUAGAAACGGCAGCGAUUCCAAAGCACUUGAUUGUACGCACGCGCACGAAGGGCGAGCGAAGAAUAGCACAGAUCAUCUACAUGAUACGAAUUAUACAAUAAGCAAGCAGGAUUUGUUACAUUUGUGUCCAGUAUUGCUCUACCAAAUCGCGUCACCACUGGCGGUCGAGCGAGCAGGGUGCUUAAAUCCGUCACUUCUAGCUCACAUUGAUGGCGUGGAAGCGAGUCGAUUCGACGUCAAAAAAGAGGACAUUAUGUACGUUUGGAUUUACGCAUUUAUAUCGGUUUUCGCCUGUGGAAUUUUGGGCCUGGUUGGCGUAGCGAUCAUUCCUUUUAUGGAUUCUCGGUACUAUAAGUACAUUAUUCAAUAUUUGGUGGCACUGGCUGUUGGAACAAUGACCGGUGAUGCGCUGUUGCAUUUACUACCGCAUUCUUUGGCUGGACAGAGUGAGCAAAAUAUGAUACUUAAGGGACUCGCUUGCAUGAGCGGCAUCGUCUUCUUUUACAUAACAGAACACGGCCUUACCAUGAUAUCAGAGUGGCGCAAACGCAUAGCCAAGAGUGAUACGAAACAGCAAUCGCGCGCAAAGGUGGUACGUGAUCCCGAUUCUUCGGUCAAUAACUCAGUCGCUGGCGAUAAGGUUUGCAAAUCAAAAUACAGCUCUUAUCCUUACUGUUACGAUGAGAUUGCCAUGGACACGAAGAACGACAUGCACCUGCCCGGCUCUAAGUUGAAUAACAUAUCUGAUUUGUCUAGUGAUUUAAUGGGUGUUGGCAAUAAUGUGGAGCGCAAACGCAACGGCAAAGCUGACGCAGACGGAAACGAAGCGGUGGCACAGUCGCUAAUACCUGUGUGGCACCACAACCAUCAAGAUCACCAUCAUCAGCAACAACAGCAUCAGCACCACAUUCAUCUGCCCGACAGCAAUACAAUUUCCACAGAUUUGGAUGGUCAUUCUAUGGGAGGAACGGACGGGCAUAGUCACUCCCUUACCUACAAUCCAACGGUGGCAACUAAUGGAAAUGCCAAAGAGCGUUCUUUGACCAGUGAUUCGGUGCCGACUGUCAUAUUGCGCGAACAUGAAUCUUCGCAUCAUGGACACAGUCAUAAACACGGACACGUACACUCGCCUCCGGAAUCAUUGAGCGCCGUUGUCUGGAUGAUAAUCAUGGGCGAUGGCUUACACAACUUCACCGAUGGCAUGGCAAUAGGCGCUGCAUUUGCAGAGAAUAUUGCCGGUGGCUUCUCGACAUCGCUGGCGGUGUUUUGCCAUGAGCUGCCACACGAACUGGGUGACUUCGCGAUCCUUAUAAAAGCCGGCAUGUCCAUCAAAACAGCGGUAUAUUACAAUUUGUUGACGAGUGUGCUUAGUUUCAUCGGCAUGAUAUUCGGUAUUGUUUUCGGUCAAUCGCCGAACAUAGCACAAUGGAUGUUUGCUAUUGCGUCUGGUCUCUUCAUCUAUAUUGCGCUGGUGGACAUGAUGCCGGAACUGUCAUCAGCUCACAAGACUCUGGAACAAUUUGUGCUGCAAAUACUCGGAAUAUGCACUGGUGUAUUCAUAAUGCUUUUAAUUGCGCUGUACGAAGGAGAUCUAAUGAGCCUGUUUUCUUCAUCGUCAUCAGCAGCGUCGACCACCUCGGGCCAACAACAUAAUCAUUAGUAGGGGGCCCAAAACAUUUUGGAAUGUGUUGAAGUAAAGUAAAGAGAAAACUCACAAGCCGCCACACAUAUAAAUACAUAAACGUACGCACAUUGAUUGCAAAAAGCUCACAAUAAUUCGAUAAUUUACAUACCUACAUACAUACAUGUUUUAACCACUCGCACGCAAUUACUGUACAUGUAUGAUAUAUUGAUGUUUACAUAUACAUACAUAUUUAAACGUCUGAUUAAGCUACGGCAUGGCCGAGCUAUAUUGUGAACUUUCCGCAUGAUGCCGAUGUUGAAUUGAAUUGAAAAUGUUUCUCGCACCAAGGUCAACAUUUUUCGGCUUUGUGUGUGUGUGGUAAAUAGCCCAUUUUUAUUAAUACUUUAUAGCGAUAAUGUCAUAAAAGCAAGUGAAUAACUUUAGUCGUAAGCCAAUGAGAAAGUAGUUGAUAGUUGAUUAAAAUCAAUUGAAAAAUAAACUGUGGAAUUUAAUAUUUUUCUGCUCUAUGCUAAGAUAUGUAAAUUGUGGUGCUGCAUUCCUCAUGCAUGCAUGCAUAUAUGACUACAAAUAUUUAUAUGUAGUAUAUGUAUACAAUUAAGGUGCGCAACUACAUUUGAAAAUGUAUUUUGUUUAAAAUUGCCAGAAAGAAGGUCGAGAGAAUCUUUAGCCGAAUAUAAUUCAAAGCUCGGAAAAUAACGUAGUAAAGCAAUUGAAAUGAAGUUUAUUAUUCACACAAUUAAGUUGCACAGUAAAAUUCACUAGUUAUUACAUUUUGUAUACUUUUUGUACACAAACACAAAAAAAAAGAAGAAAAUUAUAACGGUGUAAUAAACGGACAUUGCAAUAUCCAGUAGAUAUUUCAAAAGUUGUUAUUGAGAGCACAUAAAUACAUACAUAAUUUGUACUAUUAGUGAUACUGAUAACCCUAAUAUUAUUAAAGCAGGGAUCAUACAAAUUGCACAUUUACACAGAUACAGAGUGAUGUUGUAUGGAAAUUGCCUAUCGAGCUUAAUUCAUUAUUUCUAGACAACACCACUCCGUGACUGCCAAAAUGUACAAAUCGUGUGUGAUCUGUGCUUAACAACAGUAGUAAAAAAAAAAAAUCACGGUAUAUUACAUAGCACUCAAUUAUAAGUACAUUGUAAAUCUACAA